UUUUGUUUGAAGUAUUUUUCGAACAUUAUAACGAAGAACAUCGGCGUCGUUUUUUCAGGUCGAGCAUUGUUAACUUUGAUAUUUGUGAAAGUGUUAUUUUGCUUUUGAUAAUAGAUACAAGUUUGGAAAGAUGGAAAAUAUAAUUCAGAUGUCUUUUGUACAUAAAUUAUGGUAUUUAGCUAAUAAGGAAGAUGUUUUAUUUGUCGAAUGGGUCGAAAAUGAGGAUGCCAUAAUUAUUAACAUGAUUCUUUUGGAGAACUACUUAUAUUCAUAUGACACUAUUUUUCCUAAUCAAACUACAAGUAGUUUUAGUGAUUCUCUUAUAAGGUAUGGUUUUGAUGGUAUGAUCAUUAAAAGUCGAUUUGGUCAGAAUAUUAAAUUCCGUAAUAAGAAUUUUACACGAGAUGGACAAACACUUGAUAUCAUAGUAAACUCAUAUGGUAACAAACCUAUAGUAGAUUGUGAGCGACAUAAUUUGUGCGAAAGUGAAUUUCAAGGUAAUGACGCCGCAAAGUGCCAGUUUUCGGAAGAACAACUGAAGGAAUUUUUUGGAGACCAUUACUCAUUAGUACAAAAAAACGAAAUAAAAAUAAGUUCUGAACAAAUGUUGUGCCCUGUAAAAAAGGAAAUUGAACAUAUUGAAAUAGAAGAUGAUGAUACUUAUGACAGUCCUUUUUCUGAUCUUGUCGAAAAUCAUACAUAUUUUGCUACAACGGCAAUAAAAACGGAAAAAAAUGCCCAACAAGAUUUGGAUUAA